CGCUCACACCGUCUUUCCAAAUAGAGUUGAUUAUUGCUAGUCUCCCUUGUUUUAUUUACUCUGUAGUUUUUAAAGCUUUUUAAACCGGAAAUGUGGAGCAACACCAGCGACACCAGAAUGAUCCAUCUUCCUUUUUUCUGUUUUUGUUUGAGUGCAGGACUCACUGUGACAUCUUCUCUCUGGAUUCUUAACAAACAUCCGGACUGCAGUCAACCGGGUCUUGCCAACUGCAAAAUCAAUAACUGUUCUGAUAAACGCGUUGUCGUACAACUUGCUCCCACCGGCCCAGAGUGGGGUCCGGAGCACGUGGGAGUCACGACUGACGAACAUAGGACCGUCCCCAUUUUGAAGGUGAUAUGGAACCUAAAGUCAGAUGGGGGUGUAUUAGACCUUCAUGGAUCAGAAAUAAAUAUUCUGGAUGAAAGUACAAAUCAAACUAUGUGUGUGCAGUUUUCUUUCAAUAUAUCCGAACAGCUGAAUCCAGACCGUACGAGGUGGACAUUUUCCUUUGAUGGAGUUGUGGCAGAGCCUGGACACACAUAUGUGGUGUCAGUUGUAAAUUUGCCAGAACCUAAGAGUGGAGACUACAGGAUCCGAAAGCAAAUUACUUUCCCAGGAUGUGGUGACAGCAGAAUCCAAACUGCCCAAAUAUGCCUUGAAAAUGGUAGUAUGUGGGAGCCUCAUAUGACCACUGCCAUGUCUGUUGAUAAGGAACAGGGAAAAUUGUUUGUUGUUGUCAGUUUUGAAACAGCACAAUACUCAGAGAUAUAUCAAGUCUCCAUCCGGAACCAGGAUUUCCAUUAUUCAAAGAAUAUCUCAAAGGAAAAUGGAGCAUCACUGAAUGUGACAUUUGAAUUUGGUUUGCAGCAGCUUUCACAAUGUGAAAUGUUUUUAUCGAUUCAGCCGUUUUUCAUACGAUGCAAAAAUGACUGUCGGCGUCACAAGGAUAUAAUCAAUUACUGUCCUUAUUAUCCACCACGGACCUUAAUUAUAAAGGCAGUUGUGGGUCUGCUUGUCAUUGGAGGUUUUCUCUUUUACUUCCUGUGGAGAGCCUCUCAUAAAGAUUCUGUGAUCAAAUCCUCAUCUGCUGCCAAAGACCAACCAGAGGGUUUUCAAGUGCGUGAGAGAAAGCGAGUCCUCGUCAUCUACUCCGUCGACCACCCGCUGUACAAAAACAUUGUUCUGAAGCUUUGUGGCUUCCUGGCGGCCAAAUGCGGUACAGAGGUGGUCCUGGAUCUGCUGGACUCUGCCAGACUGGGAGUGUUGGGAAGAAUUCAGUGGUUGGACUGGCACAGAGAGCAAAUAGAAAGCUCUUCAGAUAAGAUACUACUCCUGUGCUCGCCAGGAGUACAAGCCAAAUGGAGAGCCAUGUGUGGUGACAAGCAGGUUUCUCUGAGAGAGGACGUCCACUCACUUUUAGGUGACAUGCUCACUCCCGCCCUCUGCCUCCUGGUGCCCCAUUUCAUCCAAUCUGCGUCCUUUGAAAAAUACAUAGUGGCUUACUUUGAUGAUGUGUGCUCCGAAGAGGAUGUCCCUUCACCUUUCAACAUAACAGUGCGGUACAAGCUGAUGAAGAAGUUUGAGGAGCUCUUUUUUAGGAUCCUGGACACAGAGAUGUAUGAACCCGGCAGAGUGAAUCACAUUGCAGGGCUUUCAGAGGACGAGUAUCAUCAGUGUCCCUCAGGUAGAGACCUGCACGAUGCUAUAGAGGCCUUCCGUGCAUAUCAGCUGGAGCAUCCUCAGUGGUUUGAAGGUGAACUACUCGAGAGCACCGAACUGGAGGUUGAGGAGACGAUGGCCACCUAUGACCACGCAACCUCAUAGAUCUCUAAACAU